ACCGGUGCUGGGGACACGGGAGUGGCCGACGCAUCCUCUCGCCGUUCCCUGUGUUUUGGCCUUGCGCGUGACGGUGGGAACUGAAAAUGUCCUUGCUGUGCUACAACCGCGGCUGCGGGCAGCGCUUUGAUUCCGAGACCAAUUCCGACGAGGCUUGCACAUACCACCCAGGUGUUCCAGUCUUUCAUGAUGCCUUAAAGGGUUGGUCGUGCUGUAAGAGAAGAACAACUGAUUUUUCUGAUUUCUUAAGUAUUGUUGGCUGUACAAAAGGUAGACAUAAUAGUGAGAAGCCACCUGAGCCAGUCAAACCUGAAGUCAAGACUACUGAGAAGAAGGAACUAUCUGAAUUGAAACCGAAAUUUCGGGAACACAUCAUUCAAGCCCCUAAGCCAGUAGAAGCUAUAAAAAGGCCAAGCCCAGAUGAACCAAUGACAAAUUUGGAAUUAAAAAUAUCUGCCUCCCUAAAACAAGCACUUGAUAAACUGUCAUCAGGGAAUGAAGAAUAUAAGAAAGAAGAAGACAAUGAUGAAAUUAAGAUUGGGACCUCAUGUAAGAAUGGAGGGUGUUCAAAGACGUAUCGGGGUCUAGAGAGUCUAGAAGAAGUCUGUGUGUAUCAUUCUGGAGUACCUAUUUUCCAUGAGGGGAUAAAAUACUGGAGCUGUUGUAGAAGAAAAACUUCUGAUUUUAAUACAUUCUUAGCCCAAGAGGGCUGUACAACAGGGAAACACAUGUGGACUAAAAAGGAUGCCGGGAAAAAAGUUGUUCCGUGUAGACAUGACUGGCAUCAGACUGGAGGUGAAGUUACCAUUUCAGUGUAUGCUAAAAAUUCACUUCCAGAACUUAGUCGAGUAGAAGCAAAUAGCACAUUGUUAAAUGUGCACAUUGUAUUUGAAGGAGAGAAGGAAUUUGAUCAAAAUGUGAAAUUAUGGGGUGUGAUUGAUGUAAAGCGAAGUUAUGUGACUAUGACUGCAACAAAGAUUGAGAUCACUGUGAGACAAGCUGAACCAAUGCAGUGGGCAAGCCUCGAACUGCCUGCAGCGAAAAACAAAAAGGAGACACAACAGAUUGAGUGGGAGAUGGGAGGAAGGCUAUUACAUGUUUCAGAAUUCUUAAUACUGUGUGAAGUGGUGGCUUGCUGCUGUAAUCUUUUGUUGUUCUGUUACUGA